GUUUCAAAUGUGGGACUAACACACAAGAAAAAGCUGAGCCCCACCCACACCGUCAGACCCAACCUUCUACAGGUGUCACAACCAUGUUCUUUCCACUAUUGCAGCCGUGGAGAAGAGGGUGACUCUAACUGACACGCUUGUCUGAGUCAGCCUCUCAACUUCCCUGAUCCAGCGUGUCCGUGGGGCCGUGGAAAGUUCCCAGAGGUUUGCUGGCCAGAGUUGGUGUGGGGGAGUGAGGAGGAGCUCCGAGAGCGCCACAGCCGAUCUGCGGCUCUUUCUCACGGUGCUGUGCGGGCUCUGAGGUCCCGGUAUGGCGGCCGUGAAGGCUCUGCAGCAGUGGUGCCGGAUCCAGUGUGAGGGCUACCGGGAUGUGUCCAUCACCAACAUGACCACGUCCUUCAGGGACGGCCUGGCUUUCUGCGCCCUCAUCCACAAACACAGAUCCGACCUCAUUGAUUUUAAUUCCCUGAAGAAGGAAGAUGUCUACGAGAACAACAAGUUGGCCUUUAAGGUUGCAGAAGAACAACUGGGAAUUCCAGCUCUACUGGACGCAGAAGACAUGGUGGCUCUUAGGGUUCCCGACCGCCUCAGUAUCUUGACGUAUGUCUCUCAGUACUACAACUACUUCCAUGGACGCUCCCCUAUUGGCGGUAUGGCGGGCAUAAAGCGUCCAGCUGAAACCAUCAGCAAUGAACCUCCUGGGAAGAAGAACCAGGCGGUGACUGCCAAGGUGUUUCCAGGGUCGAAACCCGCUAGAGAGAACAGUCCUCCUCGCUCUGCAAACAUUACAAAGCCAUCUCCUUCACCUAAACAGAUCAGAAAUUCAAUGCAAGUAAAGGAUGCUCAUGUAGAGAAAUCUCAUCAAGCAGGAACGUUAAGCAACAAAUGUGUGUCAUGUGACAAACACGUUCACCUGGUGCAGCGACAUCUAGUGGAGGGAAAGCUGUAUCACAGGAACUGUGCAAAGUUGCUUUCAACAAACACAAGCUCUCUGUUUCGUGAUCUCCCCACAAACACCCAGGUUUCCAAAUUCAGUCCCCAACCUGAUCUCCCUAAACCUGCCAAAGAUACUGCGGCUAACACACCGUCCAAACUGGGACUGACGUGGCUCACUGAGAAGCCCAACUCUCCUCCAAACAGCUCCAGUUCAUUUUCUGCCUCACCUUCUUCCCAGCCUGCAUCAGCUCCAGCUUCUGCUGUUAAAAAAAGCCCAACAGUUUCUGUAUCCAAACCAGCUGCACCAAGUGGCUCUACCUUUACGACCAGCAUCAGCACCAAGCCCACGGCUCCUCCUCAAACCUCUGUCACUGCGUCUAAGACGUGGGAGUCCAAGAUGAAGUUUUUACAAUCCGAUUCCACGACUAACCAUGAUGAGAAAAAGACAUCAGUCUUUAGUACAACUGUGAAUAAAGGUCAGACCGUGAAUAGUAAGGGGCAGGAGAUGUCGCCAGGGCAGAGUGUAACUGUGGUCGUCAAUGUUAAAGAUGUAGAUAAAGGUGGGGUUGCAGCCAAAACAACUGCUGCUGGUAGCAAAGUGAGCACAAACGCUAAAGAGUAUGAUAAUAAGACAAAAGCAUCAGCAGCAGCCCUCAUCUCCAAGAAACUGACUGAGAACAACAACAACAACAGCAAGCCAUCCUGGACAAAUGUAUCUCUGAGAAAAACUGAUAAACCUCAGCAUCAAGAGGAGACACCGAAGAAGGAAACGGGAGGUGUCAGGGGAAGGGUGAAGCUGAAAGCAGACCCAUCUCUUCUGGCUGAUCUGCAGAUUCCAGAGCCUGAAAAGCCUGUUACCAGCUCAAUCAGUUGGAGCGGAGGCGCAGACAAGACUCCUGACAGGGGAGGCUUAAAACCUCCCAAAACCUCCCCCAACACAUCAGUGUCAGAAAAUGCGUCUCCUACAGACUGGAGGUCAAAGCUCAAGCCUAUCUCCAAAGAAACCAAACCAACAGGUCCUCCCCAGUCUCCCCCUAAAAUGUGGAGUAAUGGAGCCACAAAACCUUCAGAGCCCUCUGUUUGCUCUCCUGCGAUCAGCGCUAGCAGUUCUUUACCUACGCCUGCAUCAGAGGGAUUUCAGAAUGGUUCGAAAGAGCAAAUUACGAAUGGGACCAAGUCAGAGUCAAAGAAUUCUAAGACAAAGCCAGGUUACAUUCCUAAAGAGGAAAUCAUGAAAGAACUUAAGGAGAUUGAAGAAAAUUUGAAUGAACUGGAAAGGGUAGGAGUGGAGAUGGAGUUGAAGCUGCGCAAGAGCGAGGAAGAGGGCGACGAUGAUGCUCUGACGGACGGGCUUAUGGUUGACUGGUUCAGCCUGAUCAGAAACAAGCAGGUCGCCAUGCGUCGUGAGUCAGAGCUCGUGUAUAUAGCAAGAACUCAGGAUCUGGAGGAAGAGCAACCGAGUGUGGAGCAGGAGCUCAGGAGACUGAUGGAGAAACCAGAACACUUAAAAACUAUCCGGGACAGAGAGAGAGAAAAGCAGCUCAUGGAAAAACUGAUAGGGAUUGUCAAUGAUAGAAACGCUAUUGUUGAAGGUCUGGAUGAGGACAGGCUGAGGGAGGAGGAGGAGGAUGAGGAGCUAAACAAGAUGAUGAUGAGUUUCAACAUAAAGAAGGACAAGACCAAGAGAAAGUCUCAGAAAUUCAAACUGUUCAGCUGGGGAAACAAGAAGGAAGCAUGACGAUACUGGAAAUGCACACCACCAUGUUUUUGUCCCAUGUUUCUGCUGCUUUCUGUCGAUGUGCUCAGCCUGUGAUUCACAGGAUGAUGGCAACACUGCCUGUGUGUGUGUGGGAGAGUGGUGAUCGUCAGCGGUUCUUAAAAAAUGCUCUUUCCUCUGUCAACUGCAUCACUCAUGAUCUGGUAUUACUCCUGCCUGUUGGUGGAACACGAACGCACACACACACACACACACACACACACACACACACACACACACACACACACACACACACACACACACACUCUUGUUUUGCUAUAUGUAGUGAGGACCAUGU